UUUAGGCUCAGAUAUUAUCUUUUACUCUUGAAGAUUCAUUUUUUACAAAAAAGCAUGAGUAUAUACAUUCGAGGUCGGUUAUUAACAGUUGUUAGCUUCGUCCUCCUUGCACCUUUAAAAUGAGUUAGAAGUAGCGCGUGCACCCCCGGAGAAGGCGGAUGUUCUGGAAUGCCCAGGCUCCGGGGCGUCAGCGGAGCGUCCCGCAGGCGCAGGGGUCUCAGAGGAGGCCGGGAGGGCCCAGGCUCGGAAAAGGAAGCAUCACCAUCGGUCAUUUCUCUUUAUCCCUCCAUGGAUUCCUUUGGGCAACCCAGACCAGAAGAUAACCAGUCAGUAGUCAGCAGAAUGCAAAAGAAAUACUGGAAAACUAAGCAGGUCUUUCUCAAAGCCACGGGAAAAAAAGAAGAUGAGCAUGUGGUGGCAUCUGAUGCUGAACUGGAUGCUAAACUUGAGGUUUUUCACUCCAUUCAAGAGACAUGCACUGAACUUCUGAAGAUAGUCGAGAAAUAUCAGCUAAGACUCAAUGCUAUAUCAGAAGAAGAAAAUGAGCUGGGGCUCUUUUUAAAGUUUCAAGGAGAACGGGAUGCAACUCAAGCUGGCAGAAUGAUGGAUGCCACUGGCAAGGCACUCUGUUCUUCAGCCAAGCAAAGACUGGCCCUGUGUACCCCUCUGUCUCGGCUUAAGCAAGAAGUGGCAACAUUCAGUCAGCGGGCAGUAUCGGACACAUUGAUGACAAUCAAUCGGAUGGAGCAAGCACGCACGGAAUACAGAGGGGCUCUGCUGUGGAUGAAAGAUGUAUCCCAAGAACUGGACCCAGACACCUUGAAACAAAUGGAAAAGUUCAGAAAAGUACAAAUCCAAGUGAGAAAUAGCAAAGCUUCUUUUGACAAGUUGAAGAUGGAUGUUUGUCAGAAAGUGGAUUUGCUUGGAGCUAGUCGCUGCAAUAUGCUAUCACACUCUCUCACUACCUACCAGAGAACACUGCUCGGAUUCUGGGAGAAGACAGCCCGGAUGAUGUCCCAAAUCCACGAGGCCUGUAUUGGCUUUCAUCCAUAUGAUUUUGUAGCUUUCAAGCGACUACAAGAUACUUCAAGCAAGCUGACUGAAGACCACAAAGAAGAACAAAUAGAAGGCAAUUUUCUUACUAAAAAUCUCAAUAAGUUAGUUUUGUCAAAUGAGGAAGCAAACUUUGGGAAUGAACCAGCAACCACGGAUCAAAAGGAGGAACAUCUUCCAUCUAGGGAAUUUGGAGCUUCUCAGAUCUCUAAUUCUGAAAAUGUUACAAAAGAUCUGCCUGUGGAUUCAUUGGAAGGAGAAGAUUUUGAGAAGGAAUUCUCAUUUCUGAACAACCUCCUAAGUCCUGGCUCUUCCAGUGCCAGUGAAUUUACCCAAGAAUGCCCGACUGCCUGCGGGAGCCCCAGUGCCAGCCUCACUUCCCAGGAGGCCGGUGUGGCGCCCGAGCCUCUUGCUCACUCCUCUCAGUUCCUUCCUUCACAGCUAUUUGAUCUCGGCUUUCACGCUGCGGGAGCUUUCAACAGCUGGGUCUCUCAAGAAGGGUCAGAACUUCCUCUUUCACACACUGAAGACCAGCCAGUGCCUUCACAGAGUCCAAAGAAAUCAACAAGAUCCCCCAACAAUGGUAACCAAGACAUGUCAGCCUGGUUCAGCCUAUUUGCGGACUUGGACCCACUUUCAAAUCCAGAUGCUAUCGGACACUCAGACGAUGAACUUCUUAAUGCCUGACUGAUGUUCUAAUGUCACUUUAAUGGCCUUGAGACAUCAAUUUUGCAACAUACUGCCUUUGUGGAAAGGAGUUUAUAUUGUAGUCCACACACAAAAGCAUGAUAUUUGUGAAGAAAACACCUGUCAGCCAACUUUAGAUAGAUGGUAAGGACCACAUUUGAAAUAGGUUAAGUACUGAUUUAAUAUCUUGGAUUUGAAGCUGUUGAUACUAUAUGGAAAAUUUUAGAAACUACUAAGUAUGCAAGAUUUAGAUCCCAAUAUUUAUGUCAAAUAACUACUAGGAAUAACCCUGUCAGCGAGGAGCUGG